CAACGUAUGCCUGCCAUCAAACUUGAAGAGCAAAUAUUAAUGGCUUAUGGAGGUCUAAGAGGAGCGGUAGCAUUUGCACUGAUUGCUGUACUCUAUGAAGAGGACACAAUUGAAAAUUUUGGUUUAUUGAGGACAACCACUUUGUUUAUUAUUUUGUUUACAGUGUUUAUAUUGGGCUCCACAACUAAACCGUUAUUAAAUUAUCUGAGAAUAAGACGAGAAGUUAAAGAAGAGGCAAAAUUGUUUCAUUUGGUUAAUACAAAAAAAAAGCUCAUUGAUCUGAAUGAAAAGUAUUUUAAGAAAUAUCUAACUCAUGGCAAUAAUGAGAAAAAUAUUGAACAGUUGUUACAGAAAUUAAUAUUAAAAGAAGAAAUGAACAAAUUAUUCAAUGACUGUAGUGUUAAAAGUGAUGAACAAAAUGAAAUAAAUGAAAUCACCAAUGAUGAUGAAUAUAAUAAUAAUUCAAACAAAUCUUCGGCGACUUAUAGUAAAAAUAGCAAAAAUGAUUCAAAACUUGAUAUCGACUCAACUGAUGACAGCAGUGAUGAGGAACAGACUGUUUGCCAAAGAAUGCACAACAAGUUAUGCAAUCAAUUAUCACAAUUGAAAAUAUUAUCGAUGUUUGGCAUCAAAAUCAAGAGUAAGACUGAAGACGAAAAACAGGCGAACAAAACAAGAAAAAUGAGUCAUUUGUUGGAAAAUGCUUUCAAAGAAAAUGACAGAAAUCAAACAAUUCUGCGAAAUAGUGUAACGAAAGGCCAAAUUGCGAACAGAAAUUUGAUUAAACAGAAGAAUACUCUUCAGCAACAAUUACAAAGACGUUCAUCAAAUGUGUCGAUCACUGAUCCCUCUAAUAGUACUUCAAUUUCUCAAAACAUUGCAAAAGUCAAGAAUCCGCUGAAAAUUAGCUCUCAAUUACUAAACGCCACAAAAGUUAAUACAAAUGAUGAACUUGUCAGACGACUAUCCCUUAUAUCCAAUAUAUCUAAUAUUGAAAAAUUUAUAACUUAA